GGACACGCGGCACGCUGCCCGUACUCCGCGGCAUUACGUCGCGCGCUGCCGACAACGACUCAGCUACAGUGUAUCGUUUGUGAUCUUGCGGGCAGAUCUGUGCGCUAUCUGGGACAAGACGCGUAUUGUGAAGAGACAGCAGGACGACCAUAAGAUCGUGGCUCGUUGUGAAUUUUGAAGUGAGGAAAUUUGAGAUUUAAAAAAUAUUUAAACAAAUUAAGAAGUGUGAAAUAACUGAAGGAAAAAAAAUUUGUUAAAAAUUUUAUAUAUAACAUAUCUAUACACUAUACGUAUAUACGUACGUCUACGCGAGGGAGUCAUUGUCAGCGAAACGUGCGACCGUAACGGAGUGCUUGAAGUUUAAAGAAAACCGCGAGUCCGUGCCGAUUAUCAAGCGACACGGGAGAGCAACUACGGUCUAUGUGUGGGUUGCGUGCGUGCGCGAAUUCAGCCGCGUAAACUGAUCGUAAUUCCCUGUUUUUAACGUUGGACAAAAGAAAAUAGUUAUAGAGCGAAGCGAUCUGAUGAUCGUUUAAACUGCCUUCGGCACGCUUCGCUGAUAGUGGGAUAUUGAGAUUCGGUAGUCCCCUUUUUUAAAUUUUUUAUAAGGACGAUAGAGGGUAUUACAAGGAGCCAAUUAUGGAGACUAAGCUUCCGUUUAGUGAAGAUCGUUUAUGCAGUGCUAAUGGGGAUGUACCGUAUCUCUAGUGAAUCCUAACGAGCGAUCUAACAACUAGCACACGUUCCGUGUAGAAAGCACGUGGCCGAACUUUAUUUAUAUAUCAUAAAGGUCGGUUUACCAAUUAUAAAGAUUGGACUCAGUGUGAGACAUGGAUACUGAUAGACAUCGAUAAGAUCAUUAUUACUAUUAUUACCCAUGUUAGUAAUUUCCUGCACUAAACUAUCAGACAUGGAUCAGGAUGAGUUCCGGUUAUUAUCACGAGGUCGAAUUCCUCUUGCAGAAGGAUACAUCCUGUCUUAGGGUGUACAACGUGACUUGGGGUUGUUUUCGGGACAAGAUGUUGGGCGGCUUGAGAAUUCUUACGAAAGACACACUUGAGCGAAUGAUAUUGAUUGAUCUUUAAUAAGCACCGGAUAUCGGUUGUGUCGUCGAGAUCGACGGGGGACCAGGAAGAACACAUCCUGAAGGAUCGACGUAGGGCGCUUAUUCUCUCAGGGUGAACUACACGGCCUUGGCUGGUGAAGAGGGGUUGGUUACAGUGGCCAGUGGGAUGCAUCUCCCGGUGGGAUCCGUUGGCUGCGGGGAGAAUUUCGGUUCCGUUGGAUCCCACGAGGGCGCCGGUCCGAUUGGAUCAUCUCUUGCGCCUCAUCAGGGAGCUAACUCAAGAUAUCAGGGAGACGACGGUGGAGGACCUGGGGGUGGCGGUGGGGGUAGUGGUGGUGUUGGUGCUAGUGGUGGUGGUGCUGGUGGCUGCGAAGGCCUUGGGGGUGGUGGCGACGGAGCUGGCGAUAUGAGCGAGAGUGCCGCCGUUGGUGAACUCUGGUGGACCGAAGGACGCAUUGGCGAAGCUCAGGCUGAACAUCCUGGAGAAUUGGUUAGGACAGGUUCACCGUAUUUCCUAUGCAGUCAAUUACCCACUCACUGGAGAUCAAACAAAACGCUACCGGUAGCGUUCAAGGUCGUAGCGUUAGGGGAAGUUGAAGACGGCACCCCCGUAACGGUAAGGGCGGGCAACGACGAGAACCUAUGUGCCGAAUUACGAAACUCCACAGCACUAAUGAAGAAUCAAGUGGCGAAGUUCAACGAUCUCAGAUUCGUCGGUAGAAGUGGUAGAGGAAAGAGUUUCAGUAUUACUAUAACUGUCUCGACGACGCCGCCCCAGGUGGCUACUUACACCAGGGCGAUCAAGGUGACUGUUGACGGACCCAGAGAACCCCGAUCUAAGACUAGACAGCAGCAUCAACAAUUCCGAGCUCUUGGUCUGGGACAACGACCGUUCCUCGAUGGACCGACCUCCUUCACCUCCCACCUCCGGGAGCUCGAAUCCUACCGGAGGAACAAGCAUCACCACCACGGCAACCAUCUCCACGGUCACCAGGGUGGAAACGCUACCGGCAACCCCACGGGGAACGCUAACGCACCUGGCAGUGGCUGCAAUCCUAAUCCCAAUCCUACGACCUCAUCUUCAUCCGCGGGCCAUCUCACCUCGGGCACGGGACCUUCUGCUCAUCAGGAUUGCUACAAGCAUAGUCCACAGCAUGGUGACACAAGCUCGGGCGAGGCAGAAUGGACGUAUCCCACAGCAGUGCCGUCCUAUCCCGGAGCUGCCACUGGAGGUGGCGGUUCGGCUGGAGGUGGAAGUGGCGGUGGAAGUGGACCUCCCGGUGGUGGUAGCGGAUCUUACUCACCGAUUCCGGUCGGCGCAUUCUCUUAUCCAGGCGAAUCUCUCUCCCAUCAUCCAACCACGGAGCCUGUACCAUUACCAUCCGUGCUCUCGUCGGAAGGACAGCAGGACGCGUAUACGCCUAAUUGCGUGUCCAUGUAUCAGUCGCACGGACCAUCCUCGACGCUACCCCUGGUGCCUGCUAAACCCGAUCCCGAAAUAUUUGGUAGUGCCGGUGGUAACGCUAGUCCGGGUUAUCACUACGGCUCGUGGACGCCGGGCCCCGCGACGCCUGUACCAGUACCUUCUCACAAUUACAACCCCAACUAUCAAGGAUACUACAACAAUCCCACGCAAAAUUAUAUAAGUCCCACACCCAUGGUACUUUACCCUCACGUUUACAGCACCGUCAAUCAAAACCAAAUACACCUUCAUCUGCACGGCGACCUCAGCGAGGAGCAGGUCACCAUCGCCAGCGGCAAUCUCACUAUCAGCAGUAAUCGAUUGGAGAUCGGAGUGCUCGGAGAAGAAAGCGAACAGAGGAACGACGUAUGGAGACCGUACUAAAUUACUCAUAAAUUGGACCAAACAAACUUCUAUCGCGUGACCCAGUGAUCUAUGGAAAUUCCUGGUCCAUUUUCAGUUCCUUGGCUGUUCCACGGAUGCUGCGACCACGUAGCUGCCCGCGCACUGAUCGAAUAAAUGGACUCCUUGAGCGCGUGCGAUCGGUGAGCUACGACGCGGUGAUAAGUGGAGAAGUGAAUCUUACCGAAGUGACUCCACGAUCGUGAGGAUCCCAUUAAGGAAUAUCCUUGGCGGGAGAUUAUGAACUCGUCGUAAGUAUACGCGCGCGCGCGCGCGCACGUAAUAGUCACGAAUUCGGUGCAGUCGUAAAACGGCGUGGAACGUCGUAGUCCGCCGAGAGUGUAUAACGAGAGAAGAGAAAGACGGAAGAUAAUGAGAAAAGAGAAAACUAAAAAAAAACAGAGUCAGAAGGAGAUAAUCAUCCGUUGGUUGUAAUCGAGUUGUGAACUCGUUCUAGAGAGCUGUAGGAUAUCAUUGUUGCGUCAUACAAUUUUAGUAAUAUAGCACCGCCGUUAGCAAUGUACAUACGCAAUAUUUUCCAUGAAAUAAAAUCUUGCCGAAUUCGUUCCUA